AGUUGGGGCAAAAACAAAAAUCUCAUAGUCCCAUCAAAGAAUACCAAAAAUACACGAUAAUUUGUACGUGCCCAACAAGGAAGUGACAAAUAUGUCCUUACCACUGACAGGUGUCCGUAAAACAAUGGUCGAGACUUGACUUUUUAUAUGCUCCAUGCACAUAAAAGAGAUAAAAAGGUCCAGUAAUUGGUGAGAAAUUAGCAAAUUCAAAACUUAAAUUAAAAUUAAAAAAAAGAAAUAACAAAAAGUAGCGGGUAUUCCGGUGCAAAGGACGAAAGUAGGAAAAAGCUGAUGGGCCGCCACGUGUCACAACCUGAACCAUUAGAUAUUGAAGCACAAGAAGGGAACAGCGGUCGAUCAACAUUCCCCAUUUGAGCGAUGAGAUCGCGACAUCCAUAGCCAACAACGAAUAGACGCAGUUUAGAAGAAAGAGAGUAAAAGAUAGAGAGAGAAAAAAAGAGUGAGUAAAUAGUGAGAGAGUUUUCACAGGCACAAGAGAGGCGCUGCUCAGACUUCAGAGCUAAAAAAGGCGUAUAAACCUGCAAGAAAUCAGAGAGAGAGAGAGGAUCGAUGGAAGGUUUGUGUGAGAAAUAAAUGGGAGUAGCAGAGGAGAGAGAGAGAGGCAUGGCGGCGUUGCAGACAGAGCUGUAAUUCUGUCUCUUAAAUGCCUUGAAGCAAAACAACCGUGAACAACAACCAGAGCAGGCAAAUUCAAGGCACAACAGAGCUUACUCAAGCUCGCAUACGACUCAUACGUACAGUUACUAGAAGAAACCGCGAAUCCAGCAAAAAUUCAACUGCACCGCGACUUCAUCAAGAAAAUUCGAGAAAUAAACAGUCGUGAUUUUGAGUUCUGAUAUGGAAUUUGCCUUCCAAUUGAGUUCCGGGAGAGGUUUAGAGGAGGAAUUGCAAUGGCAGGGUUUUUCUCAUUAGGUGGAGGAGGAGGAAGAGGAACAUCACGCGUCGACACACAAGAGGACGAGACCCCGAACAAUCCGCCACCAACGGAGAUUCCUCAAGAGAGCUGGUUCUGGUACAGAAAUCAUGAAGACCUCAACAACAAGGGUUUUGAGCUUUGGCAACAGCAAGGUGGAGGACACAACAAUAAUCCAGUACACCAGCAAGAUCUCUAUACAUCAGCCGCAGCUUUAGCCGUUGGAUCUCGGAGAACCUCACUCAACGUCUCUGAUGAAUCCUCUUCGAGAUCGGCGUUGAUGAUGAUGCGAAGCACUGCGGGAAGCGGAAGCAGCAGCAGCAUUAGCUGUCAAGAUUGCGGGAACCAAGCGAAGAAAGAUUGCGUGCACAUGCGGUGCAGGACUUGCUGCAAGAGUCGCGGACUCGAUUGCCAAACACACGUCAAAAGCACUUGGGUUUCCGCCGCUAAACGCCGCGAACGGCAACAACAACUCGCAGCUCUACAACGCUCGCAACACCACCACCACCACCACCAACAACAACACCAACAACUUCAACUCCACAGAGAAAAUUCCAAACGACAGAGAGAAAAUCCCAGUCCUUCUGGGUUGGAGCUGGGGAAUUUCCCGGCUGAGUUGAGCUCCUCUGCGGUGUUUCGUUGUAUGAGAGUGAGCAACGUAGAUGAUACGGAUGAUCAGUACGCGUAUCAGACGGCUGUGAACAUAGGAGGACAUGUUUUCAAGGGUAUACUCUACGAUCAAGGGCCUGAAGCUGAAGGUAGCUAUGUGCCAGCUGGAGAGACGUCGUCGGGUGGACUUCAGCCACUGAAUCUUAUCGAAGCUGGCACCUCGGGUACUGUUGCGACCACUGGUGUGCCUAGUACGGCGUCGUUUCUUGAUCCUUCUAGUCUGUACUCAGCCCCGCUCAACACUUUCAUGGCUGGUACGCAGUUCUUCCCAAAUAACCCAAGAUCAUGAAAUAAAAUUAACCACCUACAUUGUUCUUGUCCCCCCCCCCCCCCGCUCUCUCUCUCCAACUUUGUAGUCUAGUAUUAUUUGGUAUAUCUAAUGGUGAUCAUAAAUAUUGUAGUUAUAGUGCAUUUGAUAACUUAUUGAAGUAGGAGCUACAGUGAUCCAUGAAAAAGAGGGAAAAAAGGGGUUUUUUUCCCUUGCAAAAUUUUCAAUGCUUAGUUUGGUUUUAAUAAUCUUGUUUGUCAAUGGAGAAUCUGUUCUCGUUCUA